UUCUUACCCAUAAUGCUUUGUGGGGACGUUGACAAGUGGAUCCAAGAUGGCGUAGAAAGUAAUGACAGAAAUUAUAAAGAGAUCUGAUGGGCUAUUUGGGUGAUACCCAGUGCAGUGAACUGCAGGAUUUUUGUCCCUGAGUCAUGGAAGACAGAAGAGCCGAAAAGUCAUGUGAAGAAGCAUGUGAGUCACUGAAGAGGCAGGACUAUGACAUGGCCCUCCAGCACUGCACAGAGGCCCUGCUUUCUCUUGGCCAGUACUCCAUGGCAGACUUCGCAGGGCCAUGUCCCUUGGAGAUAGAGCGCAUCAAAAUCGAGAGUCUUCUUUACAGAAUUGCCUCAUUCUUGCAACUGAAAAACUACGGGCAAGCUGAUGAAGAUUGUAGGCAUGGUAUGUGUAAAAGACGGACAGCUACAAGUAGUGUUCUCUCUGGAUGUCAUGUGGAAGACUUAGAUGAAGGGUCUUGUAACGGUUGGCAUUUUCGGCCGCCACCCAGGGGAAUCACAAGCAGCGAGGAAUAUACUUUGUGUAAAAGGUUUUUAGAGCAAGGAAUUUGUAGGUAUGGUGCACAGUGUACUUCAGCACAUUCCCAGGAAGAAUUAGCAGAGUGGCAGAAAAGAUACGCCUCACGGUUAAUAAAACUGAAGCAGCAAAAUGAGAAUAAACAGCUCUCAGGCAGCUACAUGGAAACCUUGAUUGAAAAGUGGAUGAGCUCAUUGUCUCCUGAGAAAGUGCUCAGUGAGUGCAUAGAGGGAGUUGAGGUGGAGCAUAGCCCUGACCUGUCGGUCACCGUCAACACCAAAAAAUCCCACCAGACAUGGACCUUUGCUCUGACCUGUAAGCCUGCAAGAAUGCUGUAUCGGGUAGCAUUGCUUUAUGAUGCUCAUCGUCCUCAUUUUAGUAUCAUUGCCAUAUCUGCCGGAGAUAGUACUACCCAGGUAUCACAAGAAGUCCCCGAAAACUGUCAAGAAUGGAUAGGAGGAAAGAUGGCCCAAAAUGGAUUAGAUCAUUACGUGUAUAAAGUCGGGAUAGCAUUUAACACAGAAAUAUUUGGAACUUUUCGCCAAACCAUAGUUUUCGACUUUGGAUUGGAGCCAGUACUCAUGCAAAGAGUAAUGAUUGAUGCAGCUUCUACAGAAGAUCUUGAGUACCUGAUGCAUGCAAAGCAGCAACUGGUGACCACAGCCAAGCGCUGGGAUGCUUCCUCUAAGACUAUCGUAGAUUUCGAACCUAAUGAAACUACUGAUUUGGAGAAGAGCCUUCUGAUCAGAUACCAAAUUCCUCUUUCUGCUGACCAGCUGUUUACACAGUCCGUUUUAGACAAAUCAUUGACCAAGGCAAACUAUCAGUCACGGUUGCACGACCUGCUUUAUAUUGAGGAGAUAGCCCAGUAUAAAGAAGUCAGCAAGUUCAACCUUAAAGUACAAUUGCAGAUUUUAGCAAGCUUCAUGCUCACUAGAGUUUCUGGGGGUGCAAAGUAUGCUCAGAAUGGACAACUUUUUGGUCGUUUUAAGCUUACUGAAACCCUUUCUGAAGAUACUUUGGCUGGACGACUGGUGAUGACCAAAGUCAAUGCUGUUUAUUUAUUACCAGUCCCUAAAGAGAAGCUAGUACAGAACCAGGGAACCAAAGAGAAGGUUUAUGAAGCUACUAUUGAAGAAAAAACAAAAGAUUAUAUAUUUUUAAGGAUAUCCAGGGAAUGCUGUGAAGAGCUUAAUCUUCGGCCUGACUGUGACACACAGGUUGAACUUCAGUUUCAGUUGAAUCGACUACCCCUCUGUGAAAUGCAUUAUGCACUAGACAGAAUUAAGGACAAUGAUGUUUUGUUUCCAGACAUCAGUAUGACUCCUACCAUACCUUGGAGUCCCAACAGACAGUGGGAUGAGCAAUUAGAUCCUCGACUAAAUGCAAAACAGAAAGAAGCUGUCCUGGCCAUCACCACUCCUCUCUCCAUCCAGCUGCCGCCUGUUCUCAUCAUUGGACCCUACGGGACAGGCAAAACCUUCACCCUGGCUCAGGCCGUCAAGCACAUCUUGCAGCAGCAGGAGACCAGCAGGAUUCUCAUUUGCACCCAUUCUAAUAGUGCUGCUGACCUCUACAUAAAGGAUUAUUUACAUCCAUAUGUAGAAGCAGGCAAUCCCCAGGCAAGACCUCUCAGGGUGUAUUUCCGAAACCGCUGGGUGAAGACUGUCCACCCGGUUGUGCAUCAGUACUGUUUGAUCACAAGUGCACACUCCACCUUCCAGAUGCCCCAGAAGGAAGACAUCCUUAAACACCGAGUGGUGGUGGUCACACUGAAUACUUCCCAGUACCUCUGCCAGCUGGACCUUGAACCCGGGUUCUUUACGCACAUUCUGUUAGAUGAAGCUGCCCAGGCCAUGGAGUGUGAGACCAUUAUGCCUCUAGCCUUAGCAACUAAGAACACACGGAUUGUUUUGGCUGGUGAUCAUAUGCAGCUCAGUCCUUUUGUUUACAGCGAGUUUGCCAGGGAGAGAAACCUUCAUGUUUCAUUACUUGAUCGACUCUACGAGCAUUACCCUGCCGAGUUUCCAUGUAGGAUCCUCCUCUGUGAGAACUACCGCUCCCAUGAAGCUAUCAUCAACUAUACCUCUGAGCUUUUCUAUGAGGGUAAACUGAUGGCCAGUGGAAAGCAGCCAGCACACAAGGACUUCUACCCACUAACAUUUUUUACAGCACGAGGGGAAGAUGUACAAGAAAAAAAUAGCACAGCUUUUUAUAACAAUGCAGAGGUAUUUGAAGUCGUGGAACGUGUAGAGGAGCUAAGAAGGAAGUGGCCAGUAGCAUGGGGGAAGUUAGAUGACGGCAGUAUUGGUGUGGUGACUCCAUAUGCUGAUCAGGUGUUUAGGAUACGUGCUGAACUUCGGAAAAAGAGACUAUCUGAUGUGAAUGUAGAAAGGGUGCUAAAUGUUCAAGGAAAGCAAUUCAGAGUUCUGUUUCUUAGCACAGUGCGUACACGCCACACUUGCAAGCAUAAGCAGACGCCAAUUAAAAAGAAAGAGCAACUUCUGGAAGAUUCCACUGAGGACUUAGAUUAUGGUUUUUUAUCUAACUACAAACUUCUCAAUACUGCCAUCACAAGAGCACAGUCCUUGGUUGCUGUGGUGGGAGACCCAAUUGCUCUGUGCUCUGUCGGAAGGUGUAGGAAGUUUUGGGAGAGAUUUAUUGCCCUGUGUCAUGAAAAUCAUAGUCUACACGGGAUCACAUUUGAACAGAUCAAGGCCCAGCUAGAGGCUUUAGAACUCAAGAAGACAUAUGUAUUGAAUCCACUGGCUCCUGAAUUUAUCCCUCGGGCUUUACGACUGCAGCACUCAGGAAACAGCAGCAAACAGCAGCAGUCACCACCCAAGGGAAAAAGCCUUCAUCAUCCUCAGAGCGACCAUUUCCAGAAUGAUGGCAUUGUUCAACCCAAUCCUUCUGUACUUAUUGGCAAUCCUAUUAGAGCAUAUACUCCUCCACCCCCUCUUGGACCUCACCCAAGUUUGGGAAAAUCUCCAAGCCCCGUUCAAAGAAUAGAUCCUCACACUGGGACAAGUAUUCUUUAUGUACCUGCUGUCUAUGGAGGGAAUGUAGUCAUGUCGGUGCCUUUGCCUGUACCAUGGACAGGAUACCAGGGUAGGUUUGCAGUUGAUCCUCGGAUUAUUACACACCCAGCAGCGAUGGCCUACAAUAUGAACCUGUUACAUACGCAUGGACGUGGGUCACCGAUCCCUUAUGGCCUUGGACAUCACCCACCUGUCAACAUAGGGCAGCCGCAGAAUCAGCAUGUAGAGAAGGAUCAACAAGAGCAAAGUCGAAACGGUAAAACUGAUACAAGUAACCCUGGACCUGAAAUUAAUAAGAUCCGAACACCAGAGAAAAAGCCUACAGAGCUCAAACAGGUUGAUUUGGAAUCAAAUCCACAGAACAGAAGCCCUGAAUCUCGUCCCAGCGUUGUUUAUUCCAAUACCAAAUUUCCUCGAAAAGAUAAUCUCAACCCAAGACACAUAAAUCUUCCUCUUCCUGCACCACACACACAGUAUGCAAUCCCUACCCGCCAUUUUCAUCCACUUCCUCAGCUACCCAGACCACCAUUUCCUAUUCCUCAGCAGCAUACCUUGUUAAAUCAGCAACAGAAUAAUUUGCCUGACCAGCCAAAUCAGGUGGCACCCCAGCCAAAUCAGGUGGCACCCCAGCCAAAUCAGGUGGCACCUCAGCCAAAUCAGGUGGUCCAGCAGCAAAGCCAGGCACCUCCACAGGCCCCGCAGCCACCUCCUCAACUCUCUCCUGCAUUUCAGGCGGGGCCCACCAAUGCAUUUUUCAAUAAUGUAGUUGCUCACCGACCACAGUCUCCUCCAGCUGCAGAGGCUGUGGUUCCCGAGCAGCAGACAUCUCCCGUGCUUCCUGACGGUCACAGUCCACUGAGAGCCAUCACACAGCCUGGUCCCAUCCUAGCGUCACCUCUGAACAACUUUGUUGAUGAGAACUCCCCAGGAUUGCCUAUAGGAGAAGCUUUGGAUCGAGUACAUGGAAGUGUAGCUCUGGAGACACUGAGGCAGCAGCAGGCGCGGCUACAGCAGUGGAGUGAGCACCAUGCCUAUCUCAGCCAGGGCAGCAUUCCGUAUCCACACCAUCCCCAUCCUCACCUCCCGCAUCUUCCCCAGCCACCCAUUGGCCUCCACCAGCCACCAGUGAGGGCAGAGUGGAAACUGGCCAGCAGAGUUGACGAUGAAGUGGAGACAACGUUCUCGAGGUUUCAGGACUUACUCAGAGAGCUGUCUCAUCGUGAUCAAGGUGACACUCGAGAGCUAGCUGAAAUGCCACCGCCUCAAUCAAGACUUUUGCAAUACAGACAAGUUCAGACUAGAAGCCCACCAGCAGUCCCGUCUCCCCCUUCCAGCACAGACCGCAGUAGCCACUUUUCUAACUGUAACGACAACAGCAGAGACAUUGAAGUAGCCAACAGCCCAGCAUUCCCACAACGCCUCCCACCUCAGCUCUUCAGCUCCCCCUUUUCACUGCCAUCUGAACACCUUGCUCCACCUCCCCUGAAAUACCUGGCUCCUGAAGGAGCAUGGAAUUUUGCUAACUUGCAACAGAAUCACUUAAUAGGGCCGGGCUUUCCCUAUGGCCUACCUCCAUUGCCUCCCAGGCCACCACAGAACCCUUUUAUACACAUACAGAACCAUCAACACGCUAUUGGUCAAGAGCCAUUUCACCCACUGUCAUCUCGCACAGUAUCUUCUUCUUCGCUCCCCAGCCUAGAAGAGUAUGAGCCCAGAGGACCUGGUCGGCCCUUGUACCAAAGAAGAAUUUCAUCUAGCUCAGCCCAGCCUUGUGCGGAAGAGGCAAGUGCUCCCCAAGGCAGUCUGGCUCAGGGCAAAGAACUGCAGGACCACAGCCGCCCGUCUGCUCUCAGCUUCCCAGCCCCUGAGUCCUGGGCUAACACCACCUCGUCUACCCCCUACCAGAACAUUCCGUGCAAUGGACCCAGCAGGACUGCUCAGCCCAGAGAGUUGAUAGCGCCACCCAAGACUGUCAAACCCGUUGAGGAUCAGCUGAAGCCCGACAGCGCGGAGGUGUCCAGUUCCUUCAACUACACGGUGCUGCAGCACCUCGGCCAGUUCCCACCCCUUAUGCCCAACAAACAGAUCGCAGAGUCGGCCAACAGCAGCAGCCAGCAGAGCCCGGCAGGGAGCAAGCCCGCCAUGUCCUAUGCCAGUGCUCUGCGGGCCCCGCCCAAGCCCAGGCCACCACCCGAGCAGGCCAAGAAGGGCAGCGACCCACUGUCCCUGUUCCAGGAGCUCAGCCUGGGCAGCAGCCCGGGCAGCAACGGCUUCUACUCCUACUUCAAGUGACCGCGCUCUCAGAGUGUUCAGUUCCUAUUUGUUAGUAGAGUUGAGGUGGCAGGCUCCUCUGUGUGCAGCCCUCUGCCCAACGCUGACCGCGCUCUCAGACCCUUGCUGCUAGACCUGCGCCUAAGUUUAAAAGUAUAUCCUAUUAUUUUGCAUUUUUGAUGUGAGUCAGAACUUUGACAGCUUUUAUGUAGAAUAAAAAUAUUUUUAAAUUUGUGUAUUGUUACAUAUGUUUGCAUCAAGCUAGCAGCUAAGAGGUUAAUUGUGCAACUAUAAAAAAAGAAAAAGAAAAAAGUUUGUCUAAAAUGUAUUUAAAAAGAAAAAAAUGUUAAGUAGCAUUUACAUUUAUUCGAUAAUAUUACCAUACGCUGGGUUUCUGUACCAGAAAUGGCCAGUUGAUGUACAAAUGGAUGUUAUUUUUGCUUAAAUUCAUUUAAAAAUUUUUUUAAAUAAAGGGGCAGCAUCUUCUAAAUACUUUAUCAGUUUUUUUUUUUUUUUUUUUGUGACAGGAUGCUGCAUUCUAAAACUUUCAGAGUUUUAGACUAUCUGUGACAUGCUGUUCUCUCCAUCAGCGUAGGGUAGAGGUCAAGGCCUUCUUUACCCAUGUAUUCUAUAUGCCACUGGGUUUUGAAAUGUGAAAAAAAAAAAUAAAGCAAAAGAAAAAAAACCCACAAAAAAAAAAUAAAAAAAAAAACCCAAAACCUAGUGGCAUACUUAGUUUUGGUUUGGUUUGUUUUUUUGAGAAGCAACACUUUUAGUUUGUUUUUAAUGUUAAUUUGAUAGUGGUUUUUUUUUUUUUUUAACAAAUCAUGAAGCUGAAAAACUUUUAGGAUUGUUGGUGCUUAGUAGACUUGAUAACUGUUUUAAAACUGCGUGAAUUCAGUGAGACAAAACCUUCUCUCUCAUUCUGCAUGUGUGAUGUUUGUAGCCUGGCCUCUCCUCCAGGGCAGAAAGGACUGUGCCGACUAAAGGUUUGGCUUUCUUUUCCUCCAGUGAAAAUCUUGGUACCUUCUUUGAUGUUUACAUUAAGAUAUGACAUUACACAUGGUAAGUCUAAGAUAUUUCUAGUUGUUCUGUUUGAGGAAGAUCAUUAAAGGAAAAAGAAAGUUUGUCCAAAAAUCGAUCAAAUCUGGGGCAUGUUUCCUAUCUUUUGAUUCUUCUGAAGUUCCCCCUUGAACUCAUUAACAGCUGUCUGCAGUAGUCCCCAGCCUGACAGUUGUUUCGGGUGACGUUGAGAGGGAGGAAGAAGUUUCUGUCCUUCCCAUGUGUUCUUUAAUGCAUUUGAAGUAAUGAAUGUCAUUGUUUCUGACCCAGUAGCUCUAAUUUUGUAUUUCUGAGAUAUCUUGAGACUAAUAUAUAUAUAUAUAUAUAUAUUUCUUUUUAAUAUAUAUAUAUAUAUAUUUCUUUUUAAAUUAAGAUGAGCCCAGGGGAUAUUUCAGAAGAGCCCAACCUUCCUGGUGAUCAUUCAAGCAUAGUUUUCUGGAAGGUUAUUUUGAUAGAACAUUUUAAACUGGGUUGAAAGUGGCAAGGGGAAGGUAGAAUUACAUCUGUAUGACUAGGAGUUAGUCUAUGGCAGCCAUCUCCAGCCUCCUGGAACUCCCAGACACUGUGGGAUAAAAGGCGGCCUUGGAUAAGGACUAGCCAACUCCAGGAUCAAUGACGGCCACCUCUCUAAUUUAGUUCCCUCUUUGUGCUCGGGACUGAGCCAUUGCUACCUGGCUUCCUGUCUCAGACCGAGCACUCUUUUGAGGUGGCAGAUGUGGACCUACAAACUGGAGAUAUGUUAAUGGAUAUUACACAUCACAGCAGGGAAGUGGAGCUAGUGGGCCAGGGUACCACGCUCUGUGCGUGAUGUGACAUCCCCAUGUAUUUUGGGUGUGUUUUAGGUUAAACAAGACAGCUUUUGCCACAGGACUGGUUUUCUAACUCUGUGCCCAAACAAGAAGUAGGACUCCCCCAUGAUGAGGCUGUCCGUCCCAUCGUGACAGCCCUGCCCGCACACAUGCAGACCCACAGGACAGCAGCACACGCUGGGCAAGUGCUCAGAGCCGUUUUGCUAAUCCAGAUGGAACUAUGCUGUCAACUCCGGUUCACCUCUUGUCAGCGGAAUAUUGCCUAGUUUUCUUUUCUCAUACUUGAACCUCUAAAACAAUAUCAGUUUUUAAAUUAUUUAUAUUUAGCUAAAGUCACCUGUGCUGUGUGUGCCCUAUCAUCUUAUAGAGAAACACUGAUGGUGGGAUGCCUGGAUGAGGAACCCAUCAGAUUGCAGUGACAUUCUCCAAGUGGUUAUUUCUAAGAAAUGACACUAGCUACUCCCUAGGUGACUGUCUGAGUGUUCCCAUCUCUUCCUUUUUCUGCAGCAGGUAGAGGAUUUGUUUCUGUGUUUUCAUGUUCUGCAUACAGUGCGUGUUUGAACCCAGCUCCCUCCUGUCUUCCUGUCUGGACUCAAAGGAGCCUAUCACUUAAGCCCAGCAUCUUGUAACAGUCUUCAGCAGUCUCAUCAGAACCGUUGUGAGGUCUUACUGCUGCUCUUGGCUGUUACUUGGGUAUUUUGGCAGGGUUAGUUAGUGUCAUGAUAUAGCUUCUUUCACUCAUUAGAUUCAACCUUAGAGCUCAGAUGGAGCACACAUACAUACGUGUGUGUGUGUUGUGUAUAUAUAUAUAUGUUUGUUUACAUACAUAAGCACACCUUUUUUUUUUAAAGAAAACUUGAUAGCUCUGUGAUGCUCUUCUGGGUGGAUUUCUUCUGAGGUCAUUUUAUGAUUUCUUUCAUUUCUUUGUUUUUUUUAUCAGUGGAGUUUUGUUGUCCUUGCCAGUACUGUUUUUACAGUACACCACAACUUGAGAUAUUUCUUUUCCCUCCUCCCUCUUUUCCUCCCUCCCUCCUUUCCUUCAUCUUUUUCUUUCUUUCUCUUUUAGGUGAUAAUUCAUGCUAAGUUUGGUCCCCCUUUCCCUCUUGAUCUAAAAAUGGAUUCCUGUUGAAGUCUGACCAGCCUCAUUCCUGUAUCAUGGAUAUUUUCUGGUGUGUUUUCUUCAAAGAAGCCCAUUCUAGCUCUGCCAUUGCUAAUCAUAACAUCUUGUCUUGAUCAGUCCGUGGUUAAUUACUGACCAUUCAGACUAACGACCUCAGUCUUCCUGGCCUCACACAGACAUGCUUUCUGUGUGGGCCGCCUUGCGUGCGGAACGCAUCCAACUGCCUGGUGUGGGUUAUUUUUGUAUCAUUUCGUUCUAAUCAAGAUUCUAGGAUGAGUUCAGGUUUGGUCUGAGCGUCAACUGAUCUUUUCUGUUCAGAGAACUGCAGGGUAAGUAAGUUAAGCAGAAAUCUUGUGGAAUAAGCAUUACCCAAUUAAACACAGCUGUCUCUUGAGCCUAUUUAGGGAAGAGGGUUCCUUGUUUCCGAAGGCACUGCAGUCCUGAAGAAGCUAACUGGCUUUAACCUCGAGCUCAUAUGUUGUGUUGUAUUGCCCUAGUGUAGCCGAUGGUUCUGUUGGAUCGGUUUCAUUCCGAGAGCACAACUGAAAACCUAAAAGAACGUAUCUCUAACCACUGUGACUAAGGGGCAGGGUGUGUAAACAAUUGUAGGUUAAAUCUGAGUAUUUCAACUAUUGUCAUGGAAUAAGUUAGAUGUCCUUAAAUAGUUGACUUUUAGGAGGUGCCCAUGUGUGAAAGAUGCCAUGCGUGAAAUCAUUGCAUAGUGGAGAGUUUUGUUAAUAGAAAAAUUCUAUAAAAAUGAAAGAUUCAAACUUCCCAUCUAGUAAAACAUAUACAUUACUGCUUUCAAAUCUUACUAGACUAUUCAUCCUUCCCCGCCCACCUUUCCCACUUCCUCAGAGUUCAGCUUGCCUUUUCGCCGUAAGUCGACAAUGUUUUUCUUGCCUUCCCUUCUGCAUAUGGAAACCGUGCUUCUACCAGAAGCAAAAAAAAAAAAAAAAAAACCCAUACAGGUACACAUGUCUUGGUAGCUCUGGCUUGUCUUCUGAUCGCCGUUCAGACUGCCUAGAAAAGAGAACGGUGCGUUGGCCACUUCCUGUUCCGAAGAUCACUUAGUAUGUCCCCCAUCAUCGUGUGCCCAGACAGAGCUCACAUCACGUCGGUCUGCAGGGCGCUCACAUUCCCUUUGACAAGGCUGCUAGAUUCACACUUGCCAGCUUGAUCCCUGUUUAAUAUGCAAUCCCAAGACCGCUGAAGGGGGGGGAUCUUCACUAGAAUUUAAUGUCCUACUAUGAUAUCAGAAAAGUGGCAUUAUGUCAUUGACUCUAAGCUAGAAUAUCAGGUUGAACCAUUUUUUUUUUUUAAAGUUUUAGUGUAACAUUCAGACACUCGAACCUACUAAAAAUACUCUACUGCUUUGGAGUGAUCUUUAAAGAAGGCCUCAUCGAAAGGGAGGUACCGAGUAGAAUCUAGACGUAGGCUUGAGAGCCACGGUUAAAUCCCAGCCCAUUUCUACAGUGGGAGCCUACAGCUUUCUGAAGUGAGUUUCAAGAAGUAGCCCAUGUGUCUUGUCGUUUCAGUCAUGAGCGUGGUAGACCAGACUUUACUUGCAAUUUGUUCAACAGAGAGAUUUUAUUUUGAUACAAAUAUUAAACAUAAAGCAUAGUAAGUUUUAUAUAAUUCUAUGAGUUCAUUAAACAAUAUUGAGAUUUUUCAGUAUGUUUUAGGGGGUCUUUUUGGCUAUUUCUACCUCAUAUGAGGUCUGUACUUUAUUUAGCAUACUAGCAUGUGGUUGCCUGCCUUAGAAUGAUGUAUGGGAGGGGAAAUCAAUAUUACCUUCUAAGAAAUUUUGAUUUUUAUGGAAUAUUGUUUUAGUAUUUUAAUGUUUGAAAGUAAGGGGGAAAGGGUGGCAAAUUACAUAUAGUGAUAGCUAUUUACAAAUCUGUCAUAUUUUAAGAUUGUGAAAUUGUGAGCAAGAUAGAGCAAAAAAGAAAAAGAAAGUGAUUGUGAAACUGAAUGGCCUCAGCUUCCCCUGGACGGGUUGUUGACGUACAGAAGACCCCUGUCCCCACCCCCACCAGGGGGCCCACCACAGCUGUCCAGGGACCCCACUGGUCUAGAGAAAGUUGGAGCAUUUUCCAUUUCUUUACUCUUGGGUCACUUUAAUAAUUCUGAUCCCAUAAGUGGCCCAUUCAUGGAAAAAGCUCUCUCUACCUUUGGGGUCUCUGCCACUUCUCAUUAGGGUGCAGGGGCUUUCAUGUCUAGGGUGAGUUUGUCAUUAGGGGCGGAGCUGCCGGGCUGUUACCUGGAAGCUGUGCGUUUGUGGGAAGAAGCCAUCGGGUGCCCCGAGAGGGCAUUCGCACUUCUCGAGGCUCUCAGUGCAGGAGUCCCUGUCCGAGGGUGGCAGUGACGAGCAUCAGAAACAUAGUCCCCGAAUAAUGGAGUCUAGAGCUUUUAAUCCUUCUUCUCUGGUAUGUGUGUUGGGGGCUAGGGCAAAGAAUUUACUUUCAUAUUAUAUGUUUCUCAGGUUAACCAAGUUAUUUGGGCUCUCUGCCAUGCCAGCAGUGGUAGGGAGAACAUGGGUAUUGUAUAUGGCGGAGAAAAAGCAAUUGUUUCUGAUUCCCUUGCUACCUUGAAGAACUCUGUAUGUUUGCGGAAGAGUUGAGGGGAGCACACCACCUCCACAGCAUGAGUGGCCCCUAAGUCAUAGCAGACAUGGGUGGGCAAGUUACUGUUGAGAAAGAAACUGCCUACAACAGAAUAAACCUGACAGGUCUUUGGAUAUUUUCACAUUUGUGUGUUGUGUUUAACAUUCAGCCUGGGCUGCAGCUCUGCGGGUAUUGGGCUCUGCUUCUCUUUUUUCGUUUGGCUUUGAAUUUACUGUUACUAGCAAGAAAACAAAUCUAUGUUUAAGGUAAUAGAGUGUAGAAAGGCAUAGGUGUAGAGGUAUAAUCCACAGUGGCCAUCCUAGAAUGCAGUUUUAGAAUUCUUAGCCCCCAGUACUUACUCCCUGAGAGGUCCGGAAGCUUUAGCUGCAGAUUGCUGGCGUGCCCAGCACAGCUUCCUCUAUGCACUCCCAGCUUAUGAGGGAUUUUGGUUUAUUUGCGAUUUGUCUUGCAUGAUACCACUUUGUAUCUUUCAGGAGGUCCAGGUUAAAGUCCCAGAGCGUCAGUUAUAGCUGAGACUGUUUCUCAGUAACACCCCUUCCCACACACACAGAGGAAGGGUCCUGCUCCUAUAAAUCCGUCUUUAAGACAUUAUAUACAUCAAGUACUGUAUUUGGUCUCUGUGCCAGCCAUCUGACCCAAUUCUUUGAAAACCAUAAAGGUAACAGUUAUAUGUAACGCUAGCAUCCCUGGUGAAUAGAGUGGUUCAGAUACUUUCUCUAAAUUAUAAAGCUAAUAGGGUUUGCAUUUUAGUAAAGAGUCCUAAUCGUUAGUGACACAGGGUCUUUCUAAUGUUUUUUAAAAACUACAAUUCUCUAAAUGUGGCCAGCGGUGGAUAGAGUCAUGUAGUAGACUCAUUCUGGGUCUUCUCCUGGGAAAACCUCUGUGAGGGAGGCCACGUAAAAAGCGCCCUGGUCCAUGUCUCUUGCAAGCACCACUUAUGCAGCAUCUGAUUACGCAUAAUCUCUGGCAAAAGUAAUAACAAUGACUACGUUCCGUUGCGGUCUAUCAUACCUCAUGUGGGAGGCCCUAAUACCUAAAGAGUUUAUUCUUAAAAGUUAAGAUGAUUUUGUAUCAUAGAGAACCCCAAAGCUGUCCUCCGAGGCUUUUCUUUUCUCCUCUCUUUGUCUUUCCUAACUUGGUUUUUGGAAUCCCUUUAGCUUAUGCUACUUCCUUAGGACAUGUUUUGAGCCCAGGAGUCUAUGGUGUGAUCAUUGUCAGUGAAGUUCUUUUGUUUUAAAAGAUUCAUGGUAACACAAAAUGUAUUUUACUGCUACAACUAAAAUGUAUUUAUAAUAAAAUGCCUUUUUAAUAA